UCACUCCCGCACCCCCGCCAAGCCAAGCAGACUCAGCGCUGGACGUAAGGCGGGAAUAAUCUAUGCAAAUUGACCAUCGCGCCUAAACUCCACGGCCCCAAAGAGCUCUUCGGUAACCUCGUCUCUCGCUCCCUAGGUGAUGUUCGCUUGGUGGAUCUCCUGGUGGUGGGUGUCGCUGGUGUGGGGGGCCGCGGGGAACCUAUGGACGGACACCGGCGUGCUGGACCCUGACGACCUGCUGGCACACGAGGUCGCCGGGGUGGACAUCGAGGUGGAUGGGGUGCACGUGGGGCCUGGCAUGGGCGGGUCGGCGCUGCAGAUCAUGGGCGAGAAGGAGCGGGCGCAGCGCUUCGCCACCCAGCCCACCCCUCAGACGGCCGUGAUUGGCUCCACAGUGGUGCUUCCGUGCAGGGUCAUCAACAAAAUGGGACACCUGCAGUGGACCAAAAACGGCUUCGGCCUCGGCACGGAGCGGCAACUCUUCGGCUUCUCCCGCUACGCCAUGAUAGGCUCGGACGACGAAGGGGACUUCAGCCUAAGAAUCCAGCCCGUGAGCCUCAUGGACGACGGUCUCUACCAGUGUCAAGUGAGUGCCAGCGACGGUGUGCCGGGCAUCCGCUCCCACGCCGCGCGCCUCACAGUCCACGUGCCCCCAGACCCCCCCGUCCUCACCCCCGCCGCCCUCAACGCCACCGCCGGAGUCCCCGUCACCCUCGUCUGUGAGAGCUCCGGGGGGCGGCCAGCUCCUGAGAUUCAGUGGAUGGACAACAGUCGACGGGAGACCAUCCGCACGGGGUCCUCAGUGGAGACGGAGCCGCUGGAGGACGGGAUGAGGAUGCGAGUGCGAUCCAGACUCACGUUCACCCCCAGACGGGCCCACCACAACUCCUCAAUCACCUGCCUCACGUCUAAUCCAGCCCUCAGCUCCCCACUAACCAGCACCGUCCAUCUCAGCGUCUACUUCCCGCCGGAGGUUCGACUAAGGGCCCGCUCGCCGCUCCUGGUGGAGGGGGAUGACGCCACCUUUGUGUGCUCCGCGAGGGCCAACCCAGACGAACUAACCUACAGGUGGUAUCACAACAGCGAGAUCCUGCCUAACGAGACCUCCAGGACCUUGAUGCUGAGGAAGAUCUCGCGGAGCCUCCACCAAGACAGCGUGUCGUGCGAGGUGACCAACGUUGUGGGGUCGGCCAAGAAGUCCCUGGGGGUGCAGGUUCAGUACGGGCCCGCCUUCCGCACGCUACCGAGGGACGUGAUGGCGGAGACGGGCAAGGAGGUGACGCUCAACUGUGACGUGGACUCGCACCCUCCCGCCACCGUUACCUGGCUACGUGAGGGCUCCAGGCAGGUACUCGGGACGGGGCAGGAGCUCGUGGUGGUGGUCGGCCCAAGCACAGCGGGGCUCUACGUAUGUGUGGCGCACGUUCGGAGCUUUCCUGACCUGCGGGGGAGCGUGCGGGUGCUGGUGAAGGGCCCGCCGACCAUCGUGAGCGCCGGAGAGCAGGAGGGGCGCAUGGGGGACACGGUGAGCCUCGAGUGCAGCACCGUGUCCAUCCCCAGCCCCAUCCGCGUCACCUGGACUUACAACGGCCGGGAGGUGGACCUGAGCGACCCGCGUUACGAGGUGGUGGUGGACAGGCAGGAGGAGGGGCUUCGCAACGUGCUGGUGAUCCACGACGCCGACACACACGACUUCGGUGCUUACAAUUGCUCGGUGGUGAACGAGUACGGCGUCGCCAGAAAGCAGAUCCGCCUCAACGAAGAGAAAAAGGUGCCGGUGGUGCUGGUGGCGGGCGGCGUGGCGGCCCUCGUCGUGCUGGCCCUCGUGGCCGCCUCCCUCCUGCUCUGUAACAGACGACCCCCGCCUGCCAAAGAGGACACGGUGGUCUAGCCGCCCGGGGCCUCGAGGUGCCAGCACCAGCCAGGGGAUGAGGCGGGGGGAGAGGCAGGGGGCGCCUCCCCACAACUGAUCCUCGCCGGGCCAGCGCUACCCUGCCGCCGGACAGCCCAACGCUUGCCGCCGCCGCCACUCGUGCACAGCGACGGAAUGUACAGCCCCGUGAAGGAAUACCUGACAUAAGCUGUCAGCGCCUCCUGCUGGAGGACUCUCCGUCUGGAGGGACUCUGACAUGGCUGUACGAGUGGUGCGUGCAGCAGGCAGCCUCCCGGCCCGUGGCGGCUGUCAGGCCUGCCGUGCCCCGCUGUUUGCUUCCCGCAGGUGAUGCUGGUCCACUAAUUGACUCCAGCAGACCCGCCGCAGCCGUCCCGUCCACUCCCUGCUCGCCCCGCCGGCCGCCCCCUCGCCGCCUCUGAUCACGUUGCCUCCCCGGCUUGUGGCGGCCGCGACAUUAGGGCUGGCGGUCCUACUUGCUGCAGGCCGCCCGCUGGACGCCCGCUGCCCGGCCUGCCUGGUGCUGGUGCCCCCGGCCCUGACCGUGAUGAAUACUGACCCCUGGUGUAUAUAGUGUACAGCAGCCCCUCCGUGGCACCCUUGGCUGCCUGGGCCGCCGCGCCGCCCACUGGGCCGGUGUGCCUGCAUGCAUCGGUCUGGCGUGAGGCCGCCUCGUGCCCAGUGUGAAGAUGACUGUGUGCACCAAGGCCACGUGAGAGGGCUGCGUGCACACGUACUUAGAAAGUCGGAGUGCACAUGUAUAUAAGAUGGUGGCGUGCACAUGUGCACACAUCAAGGUGGAGUGCACACGUACAUAGGUCGACGCUGCCUCGCUGGAGACUCCUGCUCAGUACCCCCAAGCCCCAUGUGUGUCCCCGUGUCCCCGCUGGACCCCGUACGAGUAGGGAGUUGUGUACAUACAAUCUUUCCUUUGUUAUAAUAAAUAGUGGACUACA